AUGAAAGAUUCCCUGUAGGUUAAAAGCUAUACCAACCUGAAUUCAGAUAAUAUAACUUUUAUAACUGAGUCUAACUCAGUUAUAUCUGGCAAUGUUGACAGAGAAAAUUACGUCAUUCAAAAUAUUAUCAAUGGCCUCAUUAAAAAUCUUCAACAAAGUGGAUAAAACGAGUCAAUAAGAGAGUUUCUAAAUAAAAAUUUGAUAACUUUUAGGAAACUAGGAUUGAACUAAGAGGAAACUGAUUUGCUGUUUGAUUAUUUAAACAUAAAGAUACCUAAGACUGUAUUUAUUUUUGCUGGGGGUACAAAGUAUAUUUUCGCAAAAAAUAUUCCUGAUCCUUCCUCUUCAGAUUUAAAAAACACUAUCAUAAAAACUAUGCCAAUCAACAGUAUAGGUGAUUUGAGAAAGAUUCUCGAGAAUAAUUUCUAGUUCUAGCCUUAUGAAAAGAUGUUGCAAGAUAAGAGACCUUAUUUCGUUCUUAAGAUAGCUGUUAGUUCCAUAUCUAACUAGACUAAGUUCUUUGUUGAUAUUGAUUCUCUCUUUAAUGAAAUAAAUAUGUAUAAGGGGAUGUAUGGAUUUGAAGAAAAAGUCAAGUAAUAAGAGCAAAUUCUUAAAAUGCAAGGUAUUGUGCAAUCAUCUGUUUAUUUAUUCAUGCUUUAAUCAUUAAAAUAGAUCGUGUUCAAAGACUAUUUCAUGUAUCUUCAGAGUAAAUCAAAUAUUUAAAGCAAUCAAAUUGUACCACAAAUGCUUACUUUGAAGCUUAAAAUGAUGCUAAGAAACUUUAUUCAUUCAUCAAUUCAACAUAGUUUAGAUGUGUUUUUGCAGGUAAAGUAUCUCACCUAUAGCGAGAUUUAGAAAUUUUCAUCUGGUAUGAACAAAAAUGAGUUAUCUUAAUUCUACAGACCAGAUUCUCCAUCAAAAAAGAAAAUCUCAGCAAAUGAGUGUCAAAGUUUUAUUUGCAAUUAUCUAAAAGAUGAUUAAGUAGCCCAAAAGCUUAAGGAUGUUUAUAAGAUUAGUCAAAAGAAGGAGAUUGAAGGUCAAAUCGAAAUUCUUCCUUACUCCAAAUAUAAACAGGAUGCUUUUAUCUCUUAAUAUCAAGUCUAGACUAUGGACCUUAUAUAGAUGCUUGGAUUAAGAAAACAAAUCAAUGAGUAAUACUUUAAGAAAGAAGACAAGUCAGGGGAGAUACUCUACAUUUGCAGAUUUUGCAGGGCCUACUAUGAAGCAUUUCGCUAGAGGUAGAAUCAGCAAAUAUUUCUAAGUGAAUUAGUUCACGAGUAACUAGAAUAUCUAAUGCAUACUUAGGUUUAAUAUUGGAAAUAGUCUGACUAUGAGUUCAUAAUGAAACAUUACAAAAUCAUUGGAAAUAAUAAUAACUAGAGUUCUUAUAUGAGAUUUAAGGAAGCUCUGUUCAGUCACACUCUUAGAUGA